UGGACUACGAGUCCCAGCAUGCCUCGGGCGAGCAUCGCCCGGCCGGCUCUCAGCACCCCCCCGCCAUAAAGAGAACACGCCGCAGUGUAUACUGGUCCUCUCCUCUGCGUCCAUGGAGCCGCUGCAGGGCCGCCUGUGAGAGUCCGCUCGACAUGGCCAAGAACCAGGACGUGGAGCGCAUCGCCAAAAAACUGGACAAAAUGGUCCACAAGAAGAACACGGACGGAUCGUUGGACCUGCUGAAGGAGCUAAAGAACAUGACCAUGUGUCUGGAGACUCUGCAGUCCACAAGAGUGGGAAUGUCCGUCAACGCUGUGAGGAAGCAAAGCUCAGACCAGGAAGUUCAGAAUCUGGCCAAAGCACUAAUCAAGUCCUGGAAGAAAUUAAUAGAUGGUUCAGAGGGGAAAUCGGAGGAAAAAGAGAAGAAGAAGAACGACUCUCCUGUGAGGACGUCGUCGACCUCCAAGGACUCGCGCAGCAGUGAGACGAGCAGUAAGACCACCGCUGAGCCCCCCGCCGUCACCACCUUCCCGCCCGUCCCCGUCACCACCGACAGUGUCCGCAAUAAAUGUCGAGAGCUGCUGGUGACGGCGCUGCAGACCGACGACGACUACAAGACCAUCGGAGUAAACUGCGGUGUUCUUGCCGCCCAGAUUGAGGAACAUAUCUUCGAGGAGAUCAAGUCCACGGACAUGAAAUACAAAUCUCGUCUGAGGAGUCGCAUCUCCAACCUGAAGGACCAGAAGAACCCAGACCUGCGACGUAAUGUCCUGUGUGGCAACAUCUCUGCUCAGACCAUCGCCUCCAUGACCUCUGAGGCGAUGGCGAGUGCUGAGAUGAAGCAGAUGAGAGAAACUCUGACCAAAGAGUCCAUUCGUGAGCAUCAACUGUCCAGAGUGGGCGGGACAGAGACAGACAUGUUUGUGUGCAAAAAGUGUAAAGGCAAGAGCUGCACAUACACACAGGUGCAAACUCGCAGUGCAGACGAGCCCAUGACCACAUACGUGUUGUGUAACGACUGCGGACAACGCUGGAAGUUCUGCUGAGGAUCCAUCUUUUAUUCUCCUGCUGUGAUGUCAAACUAAAAAGGCCAGUUUUGCUUUGAUUGCUUUAUUUUGUAAGCGUUCUCCAAAUAUAUAGAAAUGUGUACGUCUCAGAAGUAAAGAAAGAAAAAGGUAUUUGUAGAGGAUGUGGUGUGGAGGUGGGAUGUUCAGUUGUAGUCAAUUAAUUGAUGUAAAUAUCAAUAAAAACAUUUUCUCC